AUGGCCGCAGCCGCGUCCGUCCGCGGGUCCCCCGGGCUCCGCCGCCGCCCCCGCCCGCCUCCCGCUCCGCCCCGCCCGCGUCAGCGGGACCGGCCCCGCGGCGGGCGGGGAGCGGGCGGAACCGGGACUGGGGAGGGGGAGAGGGGGCCCUGGGAUCCGGAGGGGGAGCGGGGGACUGUCGCUGCGCGGUCCUGCCCCGCUCCGCCGCGGCCCCUGCCCGCCCGGCACCGCGGUGACGGGAACCUGCCCCCGUGCCCGGCCCUCGCCUGGGUACGAGUGUCGGCCGCCGUCCCUCCAUCCCACCGCGGCCACCCCGGGACACUGUUCUGCGGCUGCCGGUGCCCAUGGGCCCCCCAGGAGGAUUCCCGCACCCCGGCCUGGAGACCCCUGUGCCAACCUGGAGACCCUUGUGCCAGCCUGGAACCCCCCUGUGCCAGCCUGGAACCCCCCUGUGCCAGCCUGGAGACCCCUGUGCCAAACUGGGAACCUCCUGUGCCAGCCUGGGAACCCCCCUGUGCCAGCCUGGAGACCCCUGUGCCAAACUGGGAACCUCCUGUGCCAGCCUGGGAACCCCCCUGUGCCAGCCUGGAGACCCCUGUGCCAGCCUGGAGACCCCUGUGCCAGCCUGGGAACCCUCCUGUGCCAGCCUGGGAACCCCCCUGUGCCAGCCUGGAGACCCCUGUGCCAGCCUGGGAAUCCCCCUGUGCCUCCGCCUGCGUUUCAGAGCACUUCCAUCUGACUGCAGUUUGUGAGUGCCUCAAACCGGUGCCGCUGCCAAGAGGAGCUGCCACCUCCUCUACUCCCUCCUCCUCCUUCUCCUCUUCCUCCUCCUCCUUUUCCUGCCGCUGUUCCCACCUCAAGACCAGCCACCCUGGUAUCUAUGGUGCCCAUGGCAGAGGGGUGGAACAGGAUGGUGUGAAGGUCCCUUCCCACCCAAACCAUUCCAUGACACCAGACAGUGCCAGAGCCCAUGUGGGGCAGCAGGAGGGUCCCCACAACAGACCCCCAAUGUCCACCCAGGAUGCAGAGCUGAGGAGCAGCAGCCCCAGAACAGAGCUGAGGCCAAGGCCCAGAGCUGAGCUUCAGUCAGUGUCCAAGCAAAAUGGGCAGAGAGGGGGGUCCAGGGGGCUCUCCAGGGCUUUACGGCUUCUCAGUGCACUGGGACACUCUGAGGUGUUUGAUCACUCUUGCAAUAAAAACCGGGGCUUUCUUUCUCUGGGGAUGUCUCUGUUGGGAGAGCUGAGGCAAGGAGGUACCAGCUCCAGCGUUAAUCCCAUCCAGAUCCGCACCAUGCAGCUGUCAAAUGGCAAAUCCAAAAUCCACUGCUGA